ACAGGCUCAUUAAUGGUCAGUCUAAAACGAGAGAUGCCGCUUUAAAUUUAGACACUGUCAUUAAACUCAAGAAAACAACAACAACAACAAUUCCAUAUUGACUCAAACAAAGUUCUGAAGUCGAACAGUUUACACUGAACCUCCAGCAAAUACGGCUGAAGUGAGCGAAACGGGUUAACCAGAAGCAAAAUCGCCUUACAAGAAAAACAGAUCAAAAUAAAAAUUACAAACCAAAGUGGUGCAAUAAACCUGUUUAAACAAAGGCAUUAAGAAACGGCAUGGCAAAAAAACUAUAGAAAAAAGUUGCACUUUAAAAUUCUCAAUUUUAACAAAAAAAGGAAUUUGCAAAAAAAAAACAAAUUUUCUACCGCAAGAAAACAAAAAUUAAUUACUCUCCAACUAAAAAGCCAGUAUUCACUAGAAACCAGCCCACUUUAAUAGCAAAUCAAACGUGUUUGGCAUACGUAGAAAAACGCCAAUAAAAAAUCUUUCGUUCGAUCGUUCUUACCCUGGCAGUAGAUGUGAUUAAUUAAUUAAAUAUUGGUAGAAAGCUUUAGCAAAGUCCAUUUCGUUCUUCCAGUCCCAUCAGCCACUCUCCGUCGCGUCGUUGUCUUUAAUACGAGAGCGCUUAAAUUUUAAUAUUUUGCACCUUGCCGCUUAUUUUCAAUUCAUUUCAAGUGCUGUGUAACGAAAUUUAUCGAACCGUGAAGCAAAUUGAAUCUAUAAAAUUUCAAAAUGAAAAGUUUCAUCAUUGUCAUUGUUGCCUGUCUGUUGCAUGCUGCAGUUGUUGCGCCACAGUUAAUCACUUUUAAAGAUGGCAAAGUGGGCGUUAACUUCCUGGGCUAUCAUGCUGAGGCCGGCCUGGGUGGUGGGCAAAAUUCUCAAAAUGGCUUAUUAGGAGGACUGCAUGCUUCCGCUGGCACACCCUGGGGACAAAAUGCCGCAGCUGGAUUAGGUGGAAGUGUCAAUGGACGUGCUGCUGGUGUCUUGUAUGCUGGAGCACAAGCAAAUCCUGAUAUUGGUGCCAGUACUGUUUUGGCUGGUGAUACAUCAUCAGGUGGCUUCAGAGCAUCCGAAGCCUAUGUGCCCGGUAAGGUGAAUGUUGAAACACAUUCUGUGGAAUUUGCCAACAGACAUCGUCCUCAUCAUCAUAGACAUCAUGAUCGUAAACAAGAAAAGGACGAGGAAAAAGAACAUCACGAAUUGAUUUUGGAUACCAGCGUUGAAACUACUGCUACAGCAACGACCGAAGGAGCCAACAAUGUUAUCCAAAAAGUGAAGACAACACACAAGAAGUAUCGUGGAGAUCAAGCUCACAUCCGUAAAUCAGUGGAAAAACGUCAAUUAAUAGCUCCCGGAUCUUUGGAUGCAGAGGGACAUGAAACCAGUGCAAAUGUUAGAGAUUCAAGUGGCAGAACAGUUUUUUCAGCUUUACAGAUUCCUAUUGGCAUUUUGCAGUCCCUACAACAAUCCUUGGGCGGCCUUCCUUAAUCUGGGUCUGCAUUUGGCGUUUACAGAAAACCAUCAACGAAUUAUUGCAAUAACAUUGUAAUACAAUUCCAUAUUCUAUUAAAAUAAGUCUAUAUAUA